GCUGUCAGGGUCGCACAGCCAUCAUCGAGAGUUCGAGUGAACAGAGCGGACAAAACCAAAAAGAGAAGCGAUUCCGAUUCCCCCAACUGCUGUGCCAUUCAGAUGCUCAGAGAACAGCAGAGCAGAGCAGAGCAGAGAGCAAACCAAAACAAACCAAACCAAUUUUAUUUGCCACACUAAUUACAAUUGUCGAAUAAUCGAAUAGAAAAGUGAUUAAAAGUGCUUUUUAAUUGGCCGGCAAUCAAUAUAAAUAAUUGAGUGUUGUUUUUCAUUGCGCUGCAUUCCCAAGCCCCCCAUUCCCAGCCGCAUCGCGUUAUACUUCAUGGAUGCAGCAGCGCCAUGUGGCAGAAGCAACAACAGAAACCGCUGCUAGCAGCGACUCUCUUUGGCAUUUGCUCGAUGCUGGCCAGCAUCCAGCCGACUCUCUCGGCAUCCGCCGACCCAACUAGUUCCACCAGCAACCUGCCACAGCCACAGACACAGCCACUGCCUCUGCAGCCUGCCACGCCUCCGCAGAAUGUGACAAUGGGGAUGGAGGGAGGAGGAGUGGUGCGGGUGCUGCGACUGGAGAACGAUGACGAGGCCCUGAGUGACAGCGCCAAGGAGCUUAAUAAGCAGGCAGCCGAGACAGGAGCGCUGGAGGUCAUUGAAGAUCUCAACUACGGCAGUGAGGUGGAUGAGGUGGAGGAGGACUCUGCCACAGUCACUACAGCCACAGACAGAGCCACAGCCACUGCAACCACAGAAAAGCCGGAGGAGUUCGUGGGAGUGCCGGGCUUCCUGCCCACUGUGCUGCCACCGCCAACCAACGGCCACGGCUACAUUCAGUUCGAGGUCAACGAUGAGAUGCCCGUGGAGGCUGUCCGUCGCCGGAGACCCGUUGAGAAGACCGUGACCCAAUCCAGAACGGAGACCGUCAACGAGGUGCUGUCCAAUCUGUUCCCAAAUGGCUUCUCGGACAUCUUCCGCUUCAGCGGCAGGGACACAAACACAGAGCCGGCGACCACCACAGCCACCACAGCCACCAACAAAGCAGUGGUGCGUCCCACCGUUGAUGCCACAGCCAUCACCACAGAGGCCACAAACGCAGUCACAGUUACAGUCCCUGCCAGUCCCCAGGCAGGGGACAGCCAGAGGAACGAAACGUAUUUCAGCUACGAAGCGACAGUCACCAAGGAGUACCGCCGGGAGCUGAGCCCCGGCCACACCGAGAUCGUGGUGGAGAAGAUCACCAGAAGCGAGCCGUCGCGGGAGCAUCCCUUCCGGGAUGGCAGCAACCACAUCUCGCGGGACGAGCUGCUGCGCAUCAAUCGGGCAGCGGUGGCGGCCCCCGUGCUGCCCAGCCUCCUGCUCCUGCCAGAGAGCGAUGACAACGAGACGCUGGUGGGGGCCGAGAGUGCGCCCAUUGUCAUCCUCGGCGAGCACGAAGCGGAGCUGGACGAGGACCAUGACUUUGAGGACAACCAGAUAGCAGAGAGCCGACAUGCGGCCCGGGGGUAUUACCAGCAGCGGCUGCCCCCGCCGGCAGCAUCGGGAUCGGCCCACCACAACAGCAUCGAGAGCUACACGAACCGAAAGGGACCCGGCCAGGAGCAGGAGAUCAAUGUGCACAUCGUCCACGACGAUACCCUGGCCAAGGCACAAGAGGCAGUCGGUACCGGAGCGGAAGGGCCUGUAGCGCCGCCCAAGGCGCAGGACCAGCAGUCCCUCGAUCAUUACCAGGUCCAGCAGAAUCUGCCCGCCGUGCAGGAGGCGCCAUCCCGACAGUUCCUCAAGAGCUUCAAGCCGAUCAUAUCGGGCAGCGGCGAUGGGCCGAUAGCCAAGGGAACCUUCCACUACGAGGCCAGCCAGCCUGCGCAGUUGCCGAACGCCCGGCCACCGCAGCAGACUGACUAUGCCGACCAUUUUGUGCGACCUGCUGUCCAGUUGUCAUACCAACAGGAACUCAGUCAUGGUAUCCCACAGUCUCCACAGUACCCAGAGCCACAGCAGCAGCAGCAGCAGCAGCAAUAUCAGCAGCAGGAGCUGCACACCCAAGCGAUACCCUCGCCAAUUGGUCCUCCCCAGUCGCAGUCCCCACCAGAGCUGGUGCAGCAUUACUCAGAUUACGCAGGACCAACGCCCAAUAGUCUGGUUUAUGUGACCCUAAACACUCCGCCACCACCUCCGCAAGCUGCAGCCUCGCCAGCGCCUGCUCAUGCGUCGCAGGAGGCUGGCGUUCAGAUCACGGUACAUCAUCCAGCCCCGCACGAGUACGAGGCGGCGGCUGAGCCCUCCCAGCAGCACAUCCAGCACGCCCCACACCCCGAUCAGCCCAAGUACGAGCAGCAGGCCGAGAGCCAGCCGAAUGGCUACACCUUCGUGGAGGUGCAAAAGUCCGUGAACAUCCACAACAAGCUGAUCACGGAGAAGGACGGCCGCCUGGUGGAGCAGCACGAGACCAUCUACCACCAGCCGUACCUGCACAAUCACCUGUCGGCCCCAGCCACGGCGCCAGGCAACAGCUACCCCUCGCUGACAACGAACCCCAUCAACGUGGAGCAGGCGGAGCACGAGAGUUCGCGGCAAGAGGUGGCCAUCUCACAUGCUGACAUCAAUCUGGAAACGGGUCAUCAGACCCCAGGGCAUGGGCAGCGAUUUGAGACGAUUCACCCGCCUGCUGGUCCACCGCACGAAGGUCAGCCUUCGCAGCAUUAUCAUCAUCAGCAGGAGCAGCACUCCCACACUCCGCCACAGGUGGCCGUUGUGGAGAAGGUUGUGCCGCAGGCCUAUGUGGUGGAGAAACAUGUCGAUCGGCCCGUCAAGCAGUUGGUGGAGAGACACAUACCCGUUCCGUACGCCGUUCACCAGCCGGUGCCAGUGCCUGUCCAUGUCGAGCACUACGUGGAUCGGCCCUAUCCAGUGACCACCUAUGUGGAGCACCCUGUGCCCUAUCCCGUGGAGACUGUGGUGGAGAAGAUUGUGGAGAAGCACGUCCCGGUGGAGGUGGAGCGCAUUGUGGAGCGUCCCGUGCAGGUGGAGAAGAUCGUGGAGAAGUUCGUGGACCGACCCCUGGCCAUACCCAUUCACGUGCCCGUCGCCAUCCACAUGCCGAUGCCACCGCCCCACUCCGCUCACUCGUUUGGGCACCAUUCCCAUUCCCAUCCGAACUCUCUGCACCCCUGGUCGCACUCGGUGGCCGCCCACAUUCCGCCCAAAGUGCUGCAGAACUACUACACCCGCAUGCUGAAGAAGCUCCUGCCCCAGCUCACACAGUCCCCGUCCCAGUCACCAUCCCCGUCCAAGUCCCAAUCCCAGUCCCAGUCCAAGGCAACGAAGACACCCGUAAAGUCUCCCGUGAAGCCGCCGGUUAAGCCAGUGCGAGGCGAGGCUCCCCAAGUGGCGACCUUCAGCCUGGCGGACAUGCGCUUCGAUCUGCGUCCCCCGCCGCCGCCGCAGGGCUCGCCCUGGCUGCAGGGCGCCCGCUACAUCUACAACACGCUGCCGGCUGAUCUGGCCACUGCCGCUGCCUCGGCGCCCGCCCAGAUGGUCAAGUCGUACAUUGGACCCGUGCCCGUAUCGACAAAUGCGCCAUCCGACGCGGCGACGGGCAUUGAGUUCGACGAAUUCCAGCGCUGGCGGAAUGGCCACUCGCUGAAGCGGAGUCCCGAUUUCGGACGCAAUCUGCACAUGGAGUACGGGUUCAAGCCCCCGCUGGUGCCGUCCAUGGAGAUAGACGACAAAGGGAAUCCGCUCAAGCAGGAGGAGGAGGCGGAGAGGCGGUGAGCAGCCCAGGCCAGGCAGCAGAUGCAGGAGGAGUAGAAAUGAGGAAAAGUGUGCCAAAAUAUAUAGAGCUCUAGUAAUUAUUAUUAUAUUUUAUAUUUAUGUCACAUAUUUAAA